AUGAGAGUUAUAAAUCGUAUUACGGAUUCAAAUGAAAAGAAAAUUGCGUGUGAAACAUUAUUAGAUUGCGUUGUUAAACUGUUACGUCAAUCGAUUGAUGACAAUAAUCAUUAUUUCAAAAAAUUAAAGCAACAACCAGAAUUAUUAGCGAAUUUCACAUCGGGUUUGUAUUGGGAUUUCGUUCCUCUGAUAUUGAAAAACUUCAUUGGUCUUGUAACAGUUAACGAACGAAAAUUUGAUGAAAUGAAGCGCGAUUAUAUCUUUUAUGAUGCAUUAGAUAAAGAUUUAUUUAAGUCAUCUAAAAAAUGGCUGAAAAUUUCAUCUGUUUCGUACGACCUCAUUAAUUGCAAAAACAACAAUAACCCUUCACCCAAACAUUAUCUGCUCGGAAAUGAACUUAACAAACAUAAACGGUCAUUUCAAUUGAUGACUCUCAUGAAUAGAUUUGGGCAUUCGUGUUCUUAGCAAACGAUAACAAGACUGCACAAACAAUCAGCUGCGCAAGUAUCAUCAUCAUCCUGCUUACCUAAAACAGUGCAACAUCAUCUGGGUUUCGGAAUUAAAGUAGCGGACAACUUUGAUCUUAACAAAGAAACAAUUCAUGGGAAAAAUAGCAUCCAUAUUAUGAAUCAAAUAAUUAUACAAACUGCAGAAAAUGAUGAAGUUGUUUGUAGUGUUCGUGAGUGUUUGGAUGAAUUAAGCAACACAGCUUCAGACAGGCUAGAACUGUCUGUGAUAUCUGAUGCGUCUAUGACGACGAGUGGUGCUUUAAUCAAUUCGGCAAUGGCAACGACAACAAAUUCACUAAUAAUGAAUAACUAUCUUUCAUACGAACCAUUUGUUGACGAGUCAUUCAAACUCG